AUGGAGCCAACCGAAGAUCCGCUGGAAGGUCUCGAGGAACGCCUCCAAAGUCACAAUAAAGCAUUCGAGUCACUACUCGCCCUCACACCCGCGCGCCAACAUUUCGGCAGUCAGAUCGAAGAUGGCCUAGAUCCUUCCGAACAAUGGACCCGCAAGAAGCAGACCAAAGAGCAGAAGAAGGCGGCGAAGAAGGCAAAACUCGACCCCGCCAACCAGAAGAGCGCGCUGGACGUUAUGAAGGAGCGCGAGAAGAAGCGCAAGCGUGAGCUGGGAAUGGAGGACGAAGAUGCUGGUGAGGGAGCUGGCGAGGAGCACGAGAAACCGGCCAAGUCAAAGAAGCAGAAACAAGAGCUUGAAGGCGAGGCACUAGAGGCGAAAAAGAAGGAAGUGAAUGAGCGACAAAAAGCGAAGCGCGAACAAAAGAAGGAGAAGAAGGCUGCGAUAAAGGCCAAGGCGGAGGCGAAAAAGGCCGCCAAACAGGAUGCGGACCUCGCCGACGCAUUGGCGGAACGACAAGCGGCGGACGGUGCAGCGGAGGAGAGCGACGACGAUGACAAUGACGAUGCCGAGCCAGUUUCACACCCUGCCGAUCUUGAAGCGUUGGAUGUCUCCGGACUUGCGAGCUCUGACAAGGAAGACGAUGAAGACGAGGAUGCAUCAUCAGCACCUACCAGCCCAAAGGUCGAUAGCCCUGCCUUUGACAUGUCCACCAACCACUCCGAAGCAUCCUCUUCAUCAUCAAUCACACCGCCGUCUCUCCUAGCGCAGCCGAAGGAGCUGACACAAAAGCAGUCAACAUCCUCCACAUCCGCAAAGGCAAAGGCCGACCUUAAGAUAGCGCUUCCCACACAAAAAGCUCUCACCAAAUCCUCCGACAUUACAUCAGGUACAUCAUCGCCCAAGAUACACCUUCCCAACAUAGACCAAGCAGAGUUACAAGAACGACUCCGCAAGCGAAUAGAAGAGCUACGCGCGAGGAGGAAGGCUGACGGAGACGGUGGCAAGCCCGCCAAAUCGCGACAGGAGCUUCUCGAACAGCGCCGCAAGAAGGAAGAGCAGCGUAAGGCUCACAAGAAGGAACUCCGCCGUCAAGCAAAAGAGGAUGAAGCACAAAAACGCGAGGAACAACUGCGCGGGUCUGGUAGCCCACUCUCCACAGAUGUCUUUUCCCGCGCUUCGCCGCGGCCACAAGCAGAAAACAGUUUCUCUUUCUCUCGCCUCGCUUUUGAUGACGGCACAGCAGCCGACGCUUCAUUGACAGAACUCCACGACCCACGCAAACGCAAGGGACCUCAAGAUCCUCGUACAGCACUCCUAGCCGCGGAAAAAAAGCAAGCCCGUCUGUCGGGUCUUGAUGCAGUGAAGCGCGCGGACAUUGAUGAGAAGGAWAUGUGGUUGAAUGCGAAGAAGCGCGCACAUGGAGAACGAGUCAGAGACGAUACAAGUUUGUUGAAGAAGGCGCUGAAGCGGAAGGAGAAAGACAAGAAUAAGAGUGAAAAGGCUUGGAAUGAGAGGAAUGCCACUGUUGUGCAGGGCAAGCAAAUGAAGGAUAAAAAGCGAGAGGCCAAUUUGAUGAAGCGGAGAGACGAGAAGGGUAGCAAGAAGGGUGGGAAGAAACCUGCCGGCAAGGGUGCGGGUGGAGGGAAGAAGAAGCCUAGAGCUGGGUUUGAGGGGAGAUUCAAGGCGUGA